AUGGUUUCGUUCAAGCUCACGACUCUCCUCGCUGUUGCCACUUUCUCCCUUGGCACUUAUGCUCGCCCUGCUGCUCGGGACACUCCUCUCUGGUUAACUCUUCCUCCUACUCCUAACCUACCUGGCAACCCGGCCGGUACGAAGACGACUGUUAACGGAGUUCAGAUCUGGCAUGCCCAGUUCGGAACCAAGAGCAGCUCCAAGUUACCUGUUCUAAUGCUACACGGUGGCUUUGGGAGCUCGAACUACUGGGGUAGUGUAGUCGAACUUCUUAUGAAGGAUCACUAUGUGAUUGUGAUGGAUGCCCGUGGACAGGGCCGGAGCACGAUGGAUAGCACUCCGUACUCGUUUGACUUGUAUGCUCGUGACGCUGCGGGUAUUCUCAAGAGCUUGGGCAUCUCUCAAGCUGCUUGGGUCGGAUGGUCCGAGGGCGCUGAUACUGUUCUCGCCGCACUCUUAAAUCCCGAACUAGCUCCUUACGUCGCUCGCGGUUUCACUACCGGGGCAUGGCACAACGUCGAAGCCAACAACGCCACAUACACGGACACUGCGAUCUACAACGAGUUUAUCACUCGUGCAUCUUCGGAGUACAGAGCCUUCCAACCCAACGGAAACCUCACCGCUCUCGCCAACGCCUUGACCAUUCUCGAGUCCACCCAGCCUACAUGGACCCAGUCCGAUCUGUCCAAGAUCACUCUUGGCCCCAAGUUGACUCUUAGCUGGGGAGAACACGAGGAGGCCAUCAACCUGUCCGAGCUCACGCUUCUGCCUAGCUGGAUCAAGAACACUAAGCGGGUGAUUAUGACUGGAGUAUCCCACUUUGCGCCGCUGCAGGACCCAAGCCAGUUCACAGUUGCGCUUGAAACCUUCUUGGCUUAG